AUGUCGACAUCAGACGAAGGAGCAAUCAUCGCUCUCAAGGAGGCUCGCGAAGGCCUGGCCCAGGGUGGCAUUCCCGUCGGCUCAGCCAUCAUCAGUCCAGAGGGGAAAGUCCUUGGAAGAGGCCGUAACAUGAGAGUCCAGAAUGGCAGUCCAAUCCUCCAUGGCGAAACCGCCGCCUUCGACUCCGCGCGCACCCUCGACAUGAAAGACUUCGCCGGCGCGACAAUCUACACGACGCUCUCGCCCUGCCCCAUGUGCGCCGGCGCGAUGAUCCUCUUCGGGAUCCAAAAAGUAGUGAUCGGGGAGAAUACUCACAUGAGUGGAAGGGAGGAGCUUUUGCGAUCUCACGGGAUGGAGGUGGUGGUGUUGGAUGAUCAGGCGUGUAAGGAUGUUUUGGAUGAGUUUAUUCAGCGGUGGCCCAAGAAGUGGGAGUUUUGA